AGGGGGGCAAUGGAAGCACCGAAGGAGGAGGAGUACGAGGUAUGGGAGAGGGAGGAGCAGCAGGGGUGGGAGCAUCAGGAGUAUCAGGAGAAGCAUCAGCAGCAGCGGCAGCGGCAGCGGCAGUGGCAAGAGGAGGAGGCAAGGGACGAGCGGCAGUGGCAGCAGCAACGGGAAGAUGGCAGGACGAUGCAGCAGCAGCAGCAGAAGCAGCAGCAGCAGCAGCAGCAGCAGCAGCAGCAGCAGCAGCAGCAGCAGCAGCAGCAGCAGCAGCAGCAGCAGCAGCAGCAGCAGCAGCAGCAGCAGCAGCAGCAGCAGAAGCAGCAAUGGGAGGGGCACAAGGAACAGGGAGCGAAUCAGCAGCAGCAGCAGCAGCAGCAGCAGCAGCAGCCGGAGUCAUUACGGCCCAGAUAAGUCAAUCCACAAUGCACCCCAGUCCG